AUGGCCCAUAAAAUGCUCAUGGCAAACAUUGCUUUUGUUACUGUACUUGUUCGCAGGAUCCUGCGGCGACGCAGGAUGAAAUUUGAGACAUGCUACGCCGAGUUGGCUGAGCUGCGCGAGCAGCUUCAGUGUCUUAGUAGAGCUGAUUGUGCCUCUAUCGAGGAUCAUCGUGCAGUCGGUAAGGAGCCUCCAGAGGGUGCGAACAGCACAGAUGCUACGAGGGCAUUCGUUGACUUGGGAUGCGAGAAGCUCAGAUCUGUCGCCACGGAGUUGGAAUCCGAGAUUUCUACCUUGGGAAUUUUGAAGCACCGCUCCGACUUGAUGUGA